AUGAUGAAGUUUUUAAAGAAGAAGGAGCAAGAUGGUCCUGCCGAUGACUAUACUGACUCAACAACUGCUCAAAGUGGGGCCGAUUCCGAAUCAAUUUCUUCAAAAGCGACUUCGGUUACUAGCAGCACUACCAAUUCAUCCAUAUCAAAUAAUAAAAAAGGAUUAAUAAAAUGUCAUACUCCAUUUGAACAACCAAUUAAUCCGAUAAACCCACCUGUAUUUGACUUGACUGAAGAACAAUGGGAGAAGUAUGACACGGUUUUACGUCAUUUUGAAGAAUACAUAACUAAAGAAAUCCCAGUCGGUGAACAUCAUGAUGCAAUGACUCAUCCAAUGUUAGAAGAAGAAUUAGCAUGGUUGACUAAAGAAUGUUUCCUUAGAUAUCUUAGAGCUACGAAAUGGAAAGUAGAUGCUGCAAUUAAAAGAAUUGAAGAAACCAUAAUUUGGAGAAGAACAUUUGGUGUCAUAAAUAUUGCUAAUCAUACUGAUCCUAAUAAAUUAAUUACCCCUGAAUUAGUGGCGGCUGAAAAUACUACUGGGAAACAAUUAAUUGUGGGAUAUGAUAAUGAAAAUAGACCUUGUUUAUAUUUACGGAAUGGAUAUCAAAAUACUCCUCCAAGUAUGAAACAAGUUCAACAUUUAGUAUUUAUGUUGGAACGAGUUAUACAAUUCAUGCCACCUGGGCAAGAUGGAUUAGCAUUAUUGAUUGAUUUCAAACAAGCACCGGCUCAUAUGAAUUUAUCGUCAAAAUUCCCUUCACUUUCUAUAUCAAAACAAGUUUUACAUAUUUUACAAAAUCAUUAUCCUGAAAGAUUGGGUCGUGGGUUGUUUACUAAUAUUCCUUGGAUUGGAUAUACUUUUUUUAAAGUGGUUGGUCCUUUCAUUGAUCCAUAUACUAGACUGAAAACGAUUUAUGAUCAACCAUUUGAGAAUUUUGUGCCUAAAGAACAAUUGGAUAAGGAAUUUAAUGGAAUGUUGGAUUUUGAAUAUAUUCAUGAUGUUUAUUGGCCAAAGAUGAAUGAAAUUGCCGAAAAGAAGAGAGAAAAUUAUAUGAAAAAUUUUAGGAAAUUGGGUUCAAAGAUUGGAUUAAGUGAAUAUGAUUUAAGAUUAGAAGAGGAAUAG